GACGAUAGUACGAAGUUUCUCUGCUCUCUUCUUUGGUCUCUUGGCUCGAAAGAAAAGAAGGGGAGAUAAAAGAGAGACACAGAGGGGGAGUAAUAUUGGGGAGAAGCGAUCGGUGGAGUAAGUGGAAGGGGAAGUAGAAGGGUUAUUGAGGGGGGGCGGUGAUCUCUUUGAUUAGGUCGUCCGCGUCUCUGUCGGUCUGGGAUCGUGGGUGUUGUUCGGGGGGCUUCGAUUAGGGUUUGUGAUGGGUUACUUGGGUUGGAUCGGUGGUGGAUGACGCAAUUGUGGAGUUGAGAUGGAUUCCGGUGAGCUCGGAGGGGGGCUGAUGGCGUCGUCGGAGUUGUCGGUGAAGGGGAGCAGCGGAGGACAAGGGCAGAGUUUGUCAUCGGGGUGCAGCGAGAUGCUCGAGGGUCCGUCGGUCAAGGUCGGCGGAGACGCCGAGGGGAGCCUGGGAUUUUCGGGCGGUGCUGUGUGCGGGAAAGAAGAUGCGUUGUACACUGAGCUAUGGCUCGCAUGCGCCGGUCCUCUGGUGACGAUUCCCAGAGUUGGAGAGAAGGUCUUCUACUUCCCACAGGGGCAUAUAGAGCAGGUGGAAGCGUCCACAAAUCAAGGGGCGGACCAGCAGAUGCCAGUGUACAAUCUACCAUGGAAGAUCCUUUGCCGAGUGAUGAAUGUCGACCUGAAGGCUGAGCCGGACACCGAUGAAGUAUUUGCUCAGGUGACUUUGCUCCCUGUUUCAAAGCUAGAUGAAAACACCGUGGAGAAGGAGAUGCUUUCGACUCCUCCGCCACGGCCUCAUGUGUAUUCUUUCUGCAAGACGCUGACCGCAUCGGACACGAGCACCCAUGGUGGGUUCUCGGUGUUAAGACGGCAUGCUGAUGAGUGCCUUCCUCCGCUGGACAUGAGCAGGCAGCCGCCAAGUCAAGAGCUGGUGGCGAAGGAUUUGCAUAGAGUGGAAUGGCGCUUCCGCCACAUUUUUCGGGGUCAACCACGAAGACACCUGCUUCAGAGUGGAUGGAGUGUCUUUGUUAGUUCUAAGAGGCUUGUUGCUGGGGAUGCCUUUAUCUUUCUAAGAGGGGAGAAUGGUGAACUUCGUGUUGGAGUGAGACGUGCAAUGAGACAGCAAACUAAUGUUCCAUCUUCGGUUAUAUCAAGUCACAGCAUGCACCUGGGAGUCCUUGCAACAGCAUGGCAUGCUGUCAACACUGGGACGAUGUUUACAGUGUACUACAAACCACGGACUAGUCCAUCAGAGUUUAUUGUUCCUUUUGAUCAAUAUGUGGAGUCUAUCAAGAGUAACCAUUCUGUAGGGAUGAGGUUCAAAAUGAGAUUUGAAGGUGAAGAGGCCCCAGAACAGAGGUUCACGGGAACUAUUGUCGGCAUAGGAGAUGCUGAUCCAAGUAGGUGGCCUGGUUCAAAAUGGAAAAGCCUCAAGGUGCGGUGGGAUGAGCCAUCUUCAAUUCCUCGUCCAGAGAGGGUUUCUCCCUGGAAAAUUGAGCCUGUUCUUACACCUCCCCUCAAUCCCCUUCCCAUGCCUAGGACAAAAAAGCCACGAACAACCUCAUUUCCUUGUUCCCCUGACUCGUCUGUUCCUAAAAGAGAAGAUGCUGCUCCUAAAGUCACUGCAGAGCCUUCCCAAUCAUAUGGAGCACCAAGGGUCUUGCAAGGUCCAGAGAUGAUGACCUUGAGAAGUUCUUAUGCUGAUAGUAAUGAGUCAGGUGCAACUCACAAGCCAGUAGUAUGGUCAAUGAAUGAUGAAGAGAAAAAUGAUGUUCCUACUCGGAGAAGAUUGGGAUCAGAUAGCCGGAUGCUUAUAAAAAGACACGAGCAAACAUAUAAUGGGAUAUUUUCAGGAUACUGCCCUCCUGAUUCAAGUGGAUUUCAGACACCAUUUUUUGAGCAGACUCCAGGCGAUAAGAAUAUUUUAAAGCCUCACUUUCAAGUUCAAGAGGCCAAACAUAACUAUUCUCCUGGCUCAUGGUCCUUGAUUCCUCCAAAUUCGAACUUUGGAAUGAGUGACCACAACUUUAAGACAACUGCACAAAUUGGUGAGGUGUCUUAUCAGAAAGCUGGAAAUUGUAGAUAUGGCACACGGGGAUUUUUUUCUGAACUUCAAAGUUUAGGAAGCAUUCAAAAUUCACCUAAUUGGUUUACACAUUUGCUGCCGGAUUCUCAAAUAGAGAACAUGGCACAACCUAGGGUUAUGAAACCUCUACCUCUGUUACCAUCACAAACUGAUGUGGCAAAGCCGAAAACAAAUAGUGGGUACAAGCUAUUUGGGUUUCAUCUGAACAGUAAUCCAGUAAUAUCUGAAUCUGUUAUGCCACGGAGCAACUCAGCAGACAUCCUGAUGCCACAUAGCCAUCCAGAAGCAGCAUUGCCCCAUCAGCAAGGCUUAGAGGUUGACAAACACUCUGAGUCAUCUGUAACUGAAAGGUUGGUUGGUGCAGCACCAACAAAUGGUGAAACUGAAAAACUUAUUCACGUUUCUCCACGGACUCCUCAAGAUUUCCAGAACAAACUGCAAAAUGGUUCAACUAGGAGUUGCACAAAGGUGCACAAGCAAGGUAUUGCUCUUGGUAGAUCUGUUGAUCUCACCAAGUUCAAUGGUUAUGAUGAAUUGAUUGCCGAAUUAGAUCGCAUGUUUGAAUUUGAGGGUGCACUAGUGUCUCCCAACAAAAGUUGGUUGGUUGUGUACACUGACAAUGAAGGUGAUAUGAUGCUUGUUGGAGAUGAUCCUUGGAAAGAGUUCUGUAAUAUGGUUCAUAAGAUAUACAUCUACACUCGAGAGGAGGUCCACCGGAUGAACCCAGGAACACUAAGUUCUAGAGUUGAAGAGAGUCCAGCCACUUCUGACGGAAGAAUAGCUGGCAAAGAACCGAAGGGCCCUGUGCCUGCUGCUAAUUUUGAGAAUUCUGAAAGGUGUCCAAGUAUUGGCACGGCUUUUUGAAGAUGUUAAGCCAAAAAAACUGGAACGUUGAAGAUAGCUUUUUGUGGUGGGUCCAACUUAUGAAAUGCUUUAUGCUUUGGUAAGCCCCCAUCUUUGUCCUUGUGCUUGCUGCUGGGGGCUUGGAACCUUUCUUAUUUCCUACAGUUUUGGUGGUGCUGUAAUUUUUUGCUUACAAAAUCCCUUGUGGUAUAUAUACCGGAUAGGUAAGGUAGGGCUUGAUCUUUUGCGCCUACCAUGUGAAUAGCCCAUCCGUCUAUUAUAGUAAUUAUAACUCUCA